AUGAGAAAUCGAACGAAGCAUGCCAUCCACUGCCUACUCUUCAUCUCCUGGGUCGCUGUUUUUGUCGCCGUCACUCGUCCCGAAUUCCCGAAGAAUAUCACAACUGAUGAGCAGGAAAGAAGCUGGUACAAUGCAUUUUUGAUCCCUAUCGACAUCAUCCGCAUGACCUCGCACCUCUUGCUCCUCCCUCAACUGAUUUUCGGAUGUAUCGGAUUACUCGCCUACAGUGCUUUCCAACGUUCGGUGAAAUUGAAAAAUAGCCCUUGCGUCGCGCCGUUUAUCUGUUUCCGUGUCGUCACCCGCGGCACCUAUCCGAAGCUUCUAAAGGAAACAUUAAGCAAGAAUGUGCGCACUUGUCAGCAAACUGGGAUCGAGAAUUAUUGGUUCGAGGUGGUGACCGACAACCAGCUGAACCUCAAGCCGCAGUCUCGCCUUGUGCGCGAGAUCGUCGUCCCGGGCUCUUAUCAAACAUUGAAAGGAUCCCUCUACAAGGCUCGAGCUCUUCAAUAUUGCCUGGAGGACGGCGUAUCUCCUGUAACGAAGGGGCAAUGGAUCGUGCAUUUGGACGAGGAGUCGUUGCUCACACCUGACGCAGUUCGUGGAAUUCUAAACUUCUGUUCUGCGGGCACGUCGGAUUUUGGGCAGGGAAUGAUUACAUACGCGUCUGACACGAUCGUCAGCUGGUUUUGCACGUUCGCCGAUUCCCUGCGGGUCGCAGACGAUCUUGGGAAAUUACGCGCCAGCUUCAACCUACUACGCCGCCCCUAUUUCAGCUGGAAGGGCUCGUAUGUCGUGGCGCGGUAUUCGGCCGAAAAGUUGGUGGGCUUUGAUCACGGGUUCGAGGGCUCGAUUGCUGAGGACUGCUUCUUCGCCAUGGUAUCGAUGCGAUACGGCCUGAGCUACGGAUACAUUGAUGGUGUUGUGCACGAAAAGAGCCCAUUCUCCGUUGACGACCUCAUCAAGCAAAGACGGCGGUGGUUCCAAGGCAUCUGGAUGACCAUCCACUCAAAUGCCAUCCCUUACAAGCACAAGGCGUUGCUGACCGCUUGCGUCUAUGGUUGGGCGGCCCUUCCCGUGCUCAUCUUUUGCUUCAUGCUGCCCUCGAGUGGAUACUUUGGAUCACUGACUACCUACGACAUGAUCCUCAAUCAAAUAUUCAUCGCGAUCAACGUCUAUCAAUAUGCGUACGGGGCAUUCAUCUCUUUCAAGGAAAAAUACAGCUCGGACAGACGGAUGCUGUUGCUGUGCGUGAUUGGCGCUGUCUGUGUGCUUCCGUUCAACGCCCUCGUUGAAGCGACAGCUGUGCUCUACGGCCUGAUAAGCCGCAAGAUCGGGUUCCACAUCAUCCAGAAGUCCAUCUCGUCCACAAUGCUCGACCAAAAAGAACCCCGUGCCAGCAUAUUCGCAUGUUACCGUCGCUUUAAUAAUAUUCGUUUCCUU